UAUUCGAAUGACGCUCACCUAUCCUGCGCAGCUAUAAAACUUUCAUUUGCGUCCUGCUUUGAGAAACGAUGGGUGUCAAACGAUCACGUUCCGACUCUGACUGUGAAUCUCCUCCCAAGAAAAGGAGAGAGAGUACGGAAGGCGAUUUGCGGUUUAAAGGGUCCCGCAAAGAACAUUUGGAGGACCUGUACCACCAGGGGGAGCUACUGGGAGAGGGUGGUUUUGGAGCCGUGUAUGCCGGCACUCGCAAGGCCGAUGGCUUCCCAGUGGCUAUCAAAUAUGCCCGAAAGGAUGACAAGGAGCUAGAACUGCCUGGACUUGACGAGCCCAUCCCAUUGGAAGUGGCGCUAAUGAUGCUCGUCAGCCAUGAGUCAUCUUGUGCCAACGUGCUGAAGCUCCUGGACUGGUUCAGUGGCCCAGAAGAUUACAUUAUGAUCCUGGAAAGGCCGGAUCCAUGCCAGGAUCUGUACGAAUUCUGCUAUAGCAAAGGGGGCUACCUCUCAGAAGAUGUUGCAAGGCACGUGCUGAUGCAGGUGCUUCAGGCUUUGCGUCACUGCCAGGACUCAGGCGUCUUCCAUCGCGACCUCAAAACAGAGAAUCUGUUAAUCAGGACGGACACUUUGGAGGUUAAACUAAUUGAUUUUGGCUGUGGAGACAAAUGGAAAGACACCCCCUAUGUGGAAUAUUCAGGAACAGAGGACUUUGCUCCCCCAGAGUUGUUCCUGAGUGGGGAGUAUCUAGCUGGCCCCACUACGGUCUGGUCUGUAGGUGUCACACUUUACGAGCUAGUGUGCGGUUACUUGCCCUUCCGCAACAAGAGGGCAAUCAUCUCAGGCUGCCUGAUAUUCCCCUCAUGGGUCUCUCCUGACUGCUGCAGUCUGAUUCGCCAGUGCCUGAGGCGUAAGGUGGCGGAUAGGCUGACAUUGGAGGAGAUUCAGGUCCAUCCAUGGCUGCAGCAGACAACGAACAGGUCAACUGAGGAUGCCAUAGCGAUCGCCCUUCACAUCGUACUGAGCCACCUAGACCAUCGGGAGAGCUACAGAAUGCUCUUCAUCGACCUCAGCUCUACCUUUAAUACCAUCAUCCCCGACAUCCUGAUCCCCAAAUUGCACAACCUGGGACUCCCCCCACUCACCUGCUCCUGGAUCAAGGACUUCCUCACAAUUGCCAUCAAGAAAGCCCAGCAGCAUCUGCAUUUCCUGAGAGUGCUCAGGAAGAACAACAUCAGUGAGAAGCUGCUGGUGACCUUCUACUGCUCCACCAUUGAGAGCAUUCUAACAUAG